GAACUGGCACCAAGGCAAUGGAAGAGUGGGGACUUACCACCAGGUGGCAAUGUCGCCGGCGGGAGCUCGGAGUCUCCCGGGCCGCGCCGCUCUUGCUGCCCGCUUCCGCUCCUGCGCCGGGCCAGGCGUGGGGGUGGGUAGGGCGAGUCAUAUGACCCGCUGGGCUUCCUGGCUCCGGCCGUCGCAGCCGUCUGCCUGUGUCUGCCCGAGUCGUGCCGGGGGCCCCACCGAAGAGCCGUUGGCGGGUUCGGGGCCGAUACCCGCUCGUGGGAAGCAGUGUCCGCUGUGAUCCGUGCCAGUCCACGUUCGCUGCCGGCCGCCGCCAUGCUGGCGCUCAUCUCCCGCCUGCUGGACUGGUUCCGCUCGCUCUUCUGGAAGGAGGAGAUGGAACUGACGCUCGUGGGGCUGCAGUACUCCGGCAAGACCACCUUCGUCAAUGUCAUCGCGUCUGGUCAAUUCAGUGAAGAUAUGAUACCCACAGUGGGCUUCAACAUGAGGAAAGUAACUAAAGGUAACGUCACAAUAAAGAUCUGGGACAUAGGAGGACAGCCCCGGUUCCGGAGCAUGUGGGAGCGGUAUUGCAGAGGAGUCAAUGCAAUUGUUUACAUGAUAGACGCUGCAGAUCGAGAAAAGAUAGAAGCCUCUCGAAACGAGCUGCACAAUCUUCUAGAUAAGCCACAGUUACAAGGAAUCCCAGUACUAGUACUUGGAAACAAGAGAGAUCUUCCAAAUGCCUUGGAUGAGAAACAGCUAAUUGAAAAAAUGAACCUGUCUGCUAUUCAGGAUAGAGAAAUUUGCUGCUAUUCAAUUUCUUGCAAAGAAAAGGAUAAUAUAGAUAUCACACUGCAGUGGCUUAUUCAACACUCAAAAUCCCGGAGAAGCUGAGACAUCUUCUGAGUCUUCCAGUCCUUCUUGGCUAUAAUCCUAGAACUGCUGUUGUUCCUCUGAAGUACUUCCCAGAACAUGGUCCUUCCUAAAUCCAAGAAAUUGCCUUUUUCAGAGUUUAUUUCUCAUGUGCACUGCUGAAGAUGUGUUCCUAUCCUUCAUAACAAAUCAGCUGGAGUUGUCAUGAUAAAAGUCAGCACACACUAAAAGGCUUCACACACAUGUCUAAUGUAUUGAGGCCUCUUUCCUUUCUUUCUAUUUUAAAAACACCCACAUUUUUGACCAUCCUAAUUAGGAAAAUUGCAUAUUACCAUUCUGGUCUUUCUGGGCCAGAUUUUUGUAUUGGUUUUCAGUAAAUGUCUACCUGUUUCAUUACAGAGUCCAGUAGCUUCUACUGGUACUGACUUGAUGCAGCAUGGAAUUCCUAGUGCCACACAGUAUUUAGAAAACCUUUAAGCCUGACCCAUGUGGGAUACGGACACACUGUUCAUCCCAUCUCACACAUGCAUGUGGAAUGUAGACUUACACUGUAGGAAUAAGGGGUCUGUCAAGGGUUAACAGAGGCACCAGGUCAGAAUAGUGCAUUCCUUACACUGGAGAUUUCCUACCUGGUGAAUUUUAAAACAUUCUACUUUCUGAAACUCCUUUGUCACCAGAUAGCAUUUGGGGAGAUGGGGGGAGUUACAGCAUGCUCUUUUGUAUCUGUCCAGAUCAUUAGUUUUUUUUCCCCCUUUUAACACACUUUUUUAAACAGAUGGGAAUUGAAGAAUUUUUUUUCCAAAAGCUUUCAUGAAUUUAGAGCAUUCCGGCUAAUGUAAUAAAACCCUUUAAGAAUGUCUGACUUCAUAUGAAUACACGUCUGUUCUUUGUCUCCAGUCACCCACCCUGUGCUGCUGCAUGACACCCUUAAUUAACUCCUGACUUUUUAUAUCUAGUCAUGAAGUUGACUUUCAGCACAAAGGAUACUUAUAAACAAAUUCCUAUUUUUUUCUUACCAAUGUAAGGUUUGGCACUCUUUUCACUGGUGCCAUUAGACUUCUUGAUUGUGACAACUCUAGACCUGCCUGCUUUAUCUAAUGUAAUCAUGUGCAACGUCUACAGGUUGUUUAAUGAUCGGCCACAUGGAGAACGGAGGAACCAAUGCUGUUUAUUGUUUGCUUCUAUGAUACAGAGCUGUACAAAAACUUAAAAUGAACAUAUUUUGUAGCUUAGUGAUCUCCACAUACAUAAAGGGACAUAUUAAUACUGGUUGGCUUGUAAAUUGUUACUCAUGCAGAUGUAGUAGAUAAACCCCAUGGUCCUACCUGCUUAUGUGUUGCUCACACUGUGUGUGAUUUGUCUCUUCUGUUAAGCAGCACCUGUGUCAACAGUACAUAUUCAGAUGUGUUGAGCACUCCAAGUGUAGUCAGUAGUAAGUUCUUUUACUGAAUACCGUUUUAAUUUAUAGACUGCCACAGCCUUAAGAACAUUCUGUACAGAUACCUGCACUGUGUUGCACAGACACUACUUGUUUUCUUCAUUCACAUUUUUAAUGAGUAGACUCUGGGCUUUAAAGUUCUCUUCUUAUUCAUGGAGGCAUGUUGCACUCUUCCUGAAUGGGAUAGGUGGUUUGAAUAAAGGGAUAUUUUAACUUUGCUCCUGUAGCCCGACAUGUCUAAUGGUCACUGUGAACCAUUUCAAAGAAUGUGGCAACUUGCUUGUGCCUAAAAGGAGGGAUUGGAACCAGAAUGUUUAACUAAGCGGGGACUGCAUAGGUUUUUGUUAAUUGGCCUAUAGAAACUUUCAUUUGUUUAUGUGUCUUUUCCAUUGCUUUCCAGCAUUUCAGAACAUCUAAAAGCUACUACCAACAUUUUCCUGUGCAUAACCUCUGCAUGUGAAAACCUAACAGUUACUGAACUUUGUAAAUACGUAAAUUUUUUAUUUAGGUGUGGAUGCAUUUUUUGUCUGUUUACUGCUCCUCUCAGCUUUAUUCAAUAAACUUGCAUUUUGAGGGUUGCAUUGACAAUUUUACCUUAAAAUGUGUAUCAUGAUGAAAGAUGUAGGCCUUUGGACUGGAGUGAGAAAAUCAUCACUAUAAAAAGGGCCCCACAGACCAUGUGCUGGGAAGGUUGUCAUCUCAGCUGUCAGAGGUGUCACUGGGAUGAAGUAGAAAUAAACUUCCACAGUAUCUACAGUUGGUGCUAUGAUCCCCUCCCUGCUCUCUCUUGCUUGGAGAGGAUUCUAUUUCUUAGAUGUUGUAGUGGCACUUGGAGGAUUGAAUCUAAUCUUCACUAAUGCUAGGCAGGCACUCUGAUGCCACUUAGCCAUACCUUCUCUCUUCAAUCCCCAAAUCUAGGACUUCAAUGGUAGGGGCUAGUAAAGAAUUUUAUCAUCCAGUUUGUUUUUAAAAAUUGCCAGAAACUGAUCUUAGGCUCUUGCAUAGUCUAGGAAAGCCCUCUACAAUUGAGCUACAUCCUAGCUUUAAAAAAAAAAAAAAAUCAUAGCCAUAGUUAAGACAUUUCAAGACAUGUCUACUUUAGAAUGCGAAUAUUUUCAUCCUCUGACAUGUUGUUUGGGGGUUGAGGAGAUGGCUUAAUGGAUAAAGCACUUGCCUCCUAAACUGAAGCUGGGAUUCCCAGCAGUAGAUGUUAGGCCUGCACUGUGGCUUGCCUGUAAUCCCAGGACCGUAGAGCCUGGCAGGGCAGAGAGGGAGGCAUCGAUGAGGCCAGCUUAACUAGCUGAAUGAGUGAGCUCUGGGUCCAUCUGAGACACACUGCCUCAGUAGGUUAGGUAGAAAAUGUGGAAGAUACCCAAUGUAAACCUCUGAACUCCAAAUGUACGUAUCUUCACACUCCCACACAUGGGAGUAUAUAUACAUAAACAGGCGUGCACGCCAUACACAUGAAGAAAUAAAAUACUAAUUUUCCAAAGCCUUAUUUUUAGAGUAAGGUAUUUGUCCCAUUUUGCAAAUAUGUUAUCAUCUGGAUUAUAAGCUCUAUUGAGUUUUAAAAUAAGUUAGGGCUGUUGUCGUACAUACUGUCAUUCUGUAUCACUGAGAAUGUGAUUUGGCAUUUCUUUCAUAAGAAUUUACUAUUUUGUGAAAUCGAUGGUAAUAAGGGGUAUGAGUCUGGAUGGGUGGGGCUGGGGAAUACAAAGUACAUAUUUAGCUUAGUUCAAAAACUGAAAGUUUAUUAUUUUAAAGUGUUUUUUUGUUUGUUUGUUUGUUUUGAGACAAGGUUUUGCUUUGUAUCCCAAGCUGGACUCAAACUGAGGAUUCUCUAUCCUCAGCCUAUUGAGAUGGGUGCUGGGAUGAUGGGUAUGUGGCUCAAAACAGAUUUCUAAAAUUUGUCCUUUUGACUAUGAUAAGUAAAUUGAGUGUUUUGGACCGUG